AUGAAGAGCGCACCAAGCUGGCACCGGCGCAGAAUGCGGCGCCUCAAGGGCAGGCACGGAUUGGCAAUCCGCCAGCGUUGCCGCCGUGUCCUCCUGCCGACGCGACAGGGCUCCCGAAUAAUUGGUGGUGUCGAGAGGAACCCCAUCGGCUCGAGACUACUAACGAGCGAGCCUCUGUUCCGGCGACUAGUGAGGCAGGUGUGCCAUGAUCUUGGCCGUCCUCAUCUGAGGAUUCAUAAGCUCGCGUUCCAGGUGAUACAGGAGGUUGCGGAAUUCUUUCUCAUCAGAGAGUUCAAAUUGGGCGAAUCUGCCAGAAAGCACGCCGGCCGUCAGGAGAUUGAGGUGGAAGAUAUGCGGUUUGCAAGCAUGGCAAGAGAGUGGUUUAGUUAG